AUGUUUUCAAAUAUGCUCUCAGAUUCGAAUUUUUAAGAUGAAGUACUUACAUAUUAGAAAAUCUCAUCUUCUCAAUCAUUUGAAAUGGAACCAUAUUCAGAUUUUGAAUCAAAUUAUCAUAGUACUAUUUUUUUUAAUUUUACUUAAUAGUGUAAUUGAAUACUAAUGAACGUUUAUAAUUUUAAGAUACAGAAGAUCAAGAAAUGAUUUUUAAAAUAAAGGAAGAUGAUACAUCUCUCAAUUUUUUGAAUCAAGAGUUAAAUAAAAGAAAACAAAAAAUUUGGAAUGAUUAAGAGGAUUAAAGACUCAAACAUUUAUUUAUGGAAUUUUAAGGAAAAUGGAAUGAAAUUGCAAAGCAUAUGCCUCAAAGAAAUGCUUCUUAAUGUUAGUAGAGAUGGAGAAGAAUCAAUCCACCAAAAGAUGUAUUUUUAUCAAAUUAUAAAUUUUUUAGUCAAGACAUAUUUGGACACAGGAGGAGGAUGAUAGAUUAAAAUAAUUAGUUUAAGACAUUGGGAAAUAGUGGAUGAAGAUUGCAAAAUGUAAUUUGAUUAUAUAAUUUUAGGUUUUGGUAACAUUACAGGGAAAUAAGUUAGAGAUAGAUAUAUUAACAAAUUAGAUUAAUCUAUAAAUAAAUAACCUUGGACUUAUGAAGAAGAUAUGCUUAUUUUAUAUUAAUAUAACAUUAAUGGACCUAAAUGGACUAAAAUUUCGAAUAAUCUUAAUGGAAGACCUGUAAUUUUAUGUUUAAUAUUUUAAUAGGAAAAUCAUGUUAAGAAUAGAUUUUAUAGUUAUAUAAAAAGAAACUAUUUAGGAGAAUAGAAUAGAUACUAAAAAAUAUAUACUUGA